ACGGAUUUAUAACACCCCCUUUAUGUUUAUGUACACAUUCCAAUCCCCAUUCCUAACUAAUGAACUUUUCCAAAACUUUAAUAAUUCCCAACAACAUUUCCACCAUUGGAGCCGCCAUGGCUGAUGAAGAGACCUCCAUGUUGAACUCUGCUGCAACAUCUUCCUCUGGUCCCAACUGGUGGCCUGGAAAUCAUCAGCAUGUAGUCCAUGCAGCUCCACUCUCUGCAUGGGAUAUUACAAACCCUAGCUGGAAUCCGCAAAACCCUAAUUCUAGUUACUCGUCGUGUGAGGAAGAUAUCUCCAUGUCUGCAUCGGCUUCGCUCUCUCGGCUCACGGUGCAGCCUACUGGUAGACUUGAUGGUCAAGGCUGUGUACCGGAUUCUGCUGAUAAUCACUUGUGGAACCAGGUCCUUUUAAGUGCUGUUGGGAACAACGGAGACUUGCACAACACUCAAGAUGUUGGUGAUAAUUCAAUCGAUGCAUUUUCCUUGAAAAAUUUCCCUUGUGACUACUUGAAGAAAAUGGACGACAAUGGUUGGGACAUACCUAGCUUGGAAAAGAAUUUCAAUGGAUUCGGCAAUUCCAUGUUUGAAACUGAAAGGCUAGGCAAGGCAUCGAAUUUAAUUAAUAACUGGUCUAUUGCUCCCCCCGAAACAGAAAUUAGUAGCCAGUUCAAUCCUUCAUCUUGCUUUAUCUCCUUGAGCCCGGCUGCAGAUCAGUACAGUACAGCAACGAAUCAAAAGAUGGUUAGCUCGUAUUUGCCUCAUAACCCGAAAUUGGAAGAUGAAACUUGUGCAAGUGGAAAUUUAUUUGGAAGGUCGAUGAGUACUAAUGGUACCGGAUAUCCCAUGGGAAUCGACAGUACAUCAGUAGGAGAUAACACCAAGUUUUACAGUGCUGUGCCGGAUGUUUCAUGCAAUAAGGGGAUAAAUUUUGCAGAUUUACCGCGUUUUAGUAGUCAUUUAAGCAAACCAUGGAUAAGUAUCAAGGAAGCUAAACCUAUCUUGAAAAGCUUGAAUUUAUCCGACUGCAAGAAGGAAUCACUCAAAGCCUCUCAUACACCGACUGCAUCAAGAUGCAAUACACCGACAAGUAACAGAAAGGCACAUAUGCUCGCAAAUGAAGGGAAGAAGAAACGAUAUGAAGAGAACUCAGACACGGCAUCAAAGAAGCCUAAGCAUGAGAGCUCCACAGUCUCAUCUGCUAAGGUACAGGUACCAAAGGCGGAGUGGAGGGAGAAGAUAACAUCCCUUCAGCAAAUUGUAUCUCCUUUUGGAAAGACCGACGCUGCUUCUGUGCUGUGGGAAGCAAUCAAUCAUAUAAAGUUUCUUCGGGAUCAAGUACACCUACUCAGCAAUCCUUAUAUCAAGACAAACCCCAUAAAGGACCCAUGGGGAGGAAUGGAUAGAAAAGUGAGGGGACAAACAGAAGUGGAUCUCAAGAGCCGAGGUCUUUGUUUGGUUCCAGUUUUAUGUAUUCCUCAGGCUUAUCGCGAGAACGUCGGACCUGAUUACCUCACUCCGGCCUACAGAGGAUGCUUAUACAGAUAAAUAAGCUAUCAACUUAUGUAUUUGUCAGUUGAUAAUUCGAUCUUGCAGGAGACAAUUACUAUAUUGAGGGUUGAAAGACUAUCAUUACUGUAAUUCUAGUGACCACAUAUGCUAUUACUCUAAUUCUGUAAUAAGCAAGAGUAGGGGGUGUUUGGCCCGGCUUCUAGAUUUA